ACCAAGGUCCUCCAGAAUUUUCCUGUGCUUUUGGCAAGGGUGGAGGUCUAAUACCGAACUGAAGACUUAAGCGCGAUGGCUCGCAGUGACGCUGUGAACCGGGAGCUGUCGGAUGUCCUGAAUGAGCUGUGGAAGUUGGACGAUAACCGACUGAAGCCCGGGAAGGAUUACAUCAUUUCGUUGCAGGGGAAGGCGGGAUAUGUGGCAAAAGGCAGCCAAGCCAGGGAUAUGGCAAGACAACCACUGUUCUCCUAUGUCAACGAGGAGAAGCUGAGGAGCAUCAAAUCCUACUCUUCCUUCAUCAGCCUGCUGGAUAACUAUGAGACGUCCACAGGCGUAACGGAAACAGUGACUAAGGAAGAACUGGAUGAAAAUGACCGCUUCCUGGAUGCCAUCCUGGAGACAAAAGUCAUGCAGCGGGCACAUAGUUAUCUCGUGAGCAAGGCUCAAUCCCCUCCAGACCUAAAAAAGUUCAAGGCUCAGCUUUAUGACAUCUGGUUCCGGCUCUACCACAGAGACCGAAGCGGAGGCGCGGACUCCUGUGGAUUUGAACACGUGUUUGUUGGAGAGACAAAGUUUGGGAAAGAGAUCACUGGUUUUCACAACUGGAUUCAGUUCUACCUACAGGAGAAGCUCAAAAAUGUGGAUUACAAGGGCUAUAAGGCUCAGGACAAGGAUAAGCCAGAUGAAAAUGACCACGUCCUGAACCUUCAGUUCAGCUGGAAGACACUGGUGAAGCCAGUGGGCAGCUGUUUUAUUGGAGUCAGCCCUGAAUUUGAGGUGGCCUUGUUUACUAUUGUCUUCCUCAUGUCCAAGGAAAAAGUUACAAACACCACUGUGCAGGUGGACGAGUACCUUCUGGAGCUGGUUGUGUUCCGUCAUGGCUUUUCCAUCGGCACUUCCUACCCCAAACUGCUGAGUAGCAACAUGCAUAUGUAGAGACUAGUGUCCAUCCCUGAUGUCUUGCGCAUUCACCGCUCUCGGUGA